GGCUGGCUGCCAUAGCCAGCUUCACACGCACAAGCAAGCUCACUACACACGCCAUGGGGAUGAAGCGAUGCAUCGUUCCUAGCAUCCUGCUGAUGCUUGCAUUGCAGGCAGCCCUGCUCGUCGCCGGCGACGUGGGCGACAUUCUCCUGCCGAGCCAAGGCCAAGACGAAGCAGCCAUGGCGGCCAAGAAGAGGCCGUGGAAGUGCUGCGACCAGGCGGUGUGCACCCGCUCCGAACCGCCGAUCUGCCGCUGCAUGGACCAGGUUUUCGAGUGCCCCUCCACCUGCAAGUCCUGCGGGCCGUCCAUGGCCGACCCGUCCCGCCUCGUCUGCCAAGACCAGUACGUCGGCCUCCCCGGGCCCAUCUGCAGGCCGUGGGAGUGCUGCGACUCGCCUACGUGCACCAAGUCCAACCCGCCGACGUGCCGCUGCGGGGACGAGGUCGACGAGUGUGCUCCGACCUGCAAGACCUGCCUGCCGGCCAGGUCGCACCCUUCCCGCCGCGUCUGCAUCGACAGCUACUUUGGAGCCUUCCCUCCUGCGUGCACGCCGUCAGAGGCUGUUGCCGCCGGUGGUAACUAGCACGCCAUUGAUCACGCGAUCAACUUCGUCGAGUGUUGUGUAAGAAUAAAAUAAAAAUGGAUGGCCGGCUACUGCUAGUAGUCUAUAUGUGUGGUGGACACAUUAUACUAUGAAUAAGACAACAUGGCAAUGUCUAAUUUUAAAUGAACGGUGUAGUUCUCUUCAGUUUUA